AUGGGCAUCAAAGAUCUCUGGAAGUUGCUAGCACCAGUUGGGGAGCACAUCUCUCUGCAUCAGCUGGCCGUUGAGGAUGGCUUUGUAAACAAUAUUGGGGGGGUAAGGGCAUAUCAGGUGGGCAUCGACACAAGUGGUUGGGUAUACUGUGUGCUCUACAGGCAUAGUGCUUCAAAAAACCCUGAGCUGGCAACACUGUAUGUGAGAUGCUGCUGCCUCCUCAAUAAACCCAUUCAGCCAUACUUUGUGUUUGAUGGUCCAAAGUGCCCUUGUGUGAAAUGGGGCAAGCCUGUUUGA